AUGACCAAUAUCCAUCGCACAUUACCAGAUAAUUGGGAAAUUUUAUAUCUUGGUCAUUGCAGUAAUUGGGAAGGGGCAUCGGGCAAACCUUUACCAGCUUACAAGGAUGGACAAUUUACUCAUAAGCUUUUUAAAUCUAAGAGGCCUUAUUGUACACAUGCUUACGCCGUUUCACAUAGUGGUGCUCUUAAACUAGUGAAAAAACUUGCUAACUUAACGACUCCGAUCGAUCUUGAAUUAACUCAUAUGAUUACAAAAAAUGAAAUUACCUCAUACACAAUUAUACCAUCGGUCAUAUCGAGAUGCUAUAUUUCUGAAAAAUCAACAGAUCUCUAUCCAGGAAAAAAUAUAUUAGAUGUGUUCUCUUUAAAGAAUUCCACAUUAUUUUCUCUUGGACUUAAUUAUGAAUUAAAUAAUACUCUUGGCUUUAGUCAUAUUUACGUUCUUAAUCUUAUAAGUCGACGAGAUAGACGCGAAAAAUUAGAAAUUUUAGCGAAAAAGCUUAAUUUAAAAUUCGAAUUUUUUCCUGCUGUUUCUCAAGACGAUGAAAAAGCACUCAAAGAAGUUGAAAUAAAAAACCCACCUUGGCCUUUAACAUCAGCUCAAGUAGCUUGUUAUCUUAGUCAUUAUAAAAUCUAUCAAUCAAUAAUUCAACGCGGAUACGAUAGCGCUUUAAUAUUGGAGGAUGACGCCGAUUUCGAACUUAAUCUCGCAUCAAUUAUAUCAGAUACAUAUCGAUUUUUGCCUUCUGAUUGGAAUAUAUAUUUUAUUGGCUAUUGUGACACUAUGGAAAGCAUAGGUCAGUUAUUAGAUGGUCAAAGUUUUUCAUCACCUUAUACAGUCCGUAGAUCAAUUAUUCCAGUAUGUACUCAUGGUUACGCUAUUUCGCGUGCAGGAGUACUCAAAUUAGUAGAAAACCUUCACCCAAUGAGUGAAACAAUUGAUUCAACAAUUCUUCGUUUAAGACGGGCAGGAACUAUUAACACAUUUUCACUUGUACCAUUGGCAAUAGUACAGUGGCGUUCAUCAAUUAAUCCAUCAGACAUUGCACCUGAAUAUAGACCUCAUUAUUUCGCCCCUUUAAAACAUUCUGCUUUAGAGCAUUUUAGACUUAUUAAAGAAACUAAUAAUACUCUUGGAUUCAAUAAGAUUUACCUUAUCAAUCAUGAGGACGAGCCGGACUAUCUAAAGAUAGUUGGAAAAUUAGCAAAAAUAUCAGAAAAAUUAUGCUUAGUUUUUACUAAUUUCAGUGCUACUCUUUCUUCAAGUCACUAUGAUGUUUACAAAUCAAUUAUCAAUCUUAAAUAUGGUAGUGCAUUGAUUUUAGAAGGCGAUAUGGAUUUUGAACUUAGAAUUACAUCAAUUAUGGUCGAUGUACAUCGAAUUUUACCUCUUGAUUGGGACAUUAUUCAUCUUGGUUAUUGUAAUUCUGAAGGUAAAUCCGGUGAACCUUUACUGCGUAGCAAUAAUAAUUUAUCUGGUUAUAAGUUAGUUAAAUCUGAGAAGCCAUAUUGCACAUUUGCCUACGCUGUCUCACAUGCCGGUGCUCUUAAAUUAAUAGAAAAAAUUGACAACUCAACAAAAUCAUCACACAAAUCACUUGAUGUAGAACUAGUUAACAUUAUUCAAUCAAGAGAAAUCAACUCGUAUACUCUUGUACCACCAGUUAUCGUAAAAUCUGGAAAAUCACAUUCCGAUAAAGAAACUUCUGACAUAAAUAUUUUGAAAAAUUCUUCUAAAGAAUAUUUUAAAUUAGAUGCAUAA